AUGAAGCGCGGCGGCGGCGCGCAGGGCCCGGGGUGUUGUCCGCGCCUCGCCCGCCCGUUGGCUGAGCUCUGCGCCCCGCCCGAGCCCGGCCGGCAGGUCCGAGGGGCGGGACACGCCGCCCGAGGUGAGGGACCACGGGCGGUGCGCGGACGACAGCAAGGGCGUGCGCCCGGCGAGGAGUCGCGCGCUGAGCCGCCGCCGCCGCCGCCGCCGCCAGACCCCAGCCUGCGCGGUGCUCCGUGCCAGGAGGCGGCGGCCAGGCCGAGUCCCGGCCAAGCAGGGCAGGGGGAGCCCUCGACGGCGACCAGCCCGGCGAGGGGCCAGAGAAAGAGGACAAGGAGGAAGGGCGGCCUCACCGAGGACCCGGCAAUGGCGCUCGACUUUCUGGCUGGAUGCGCUGGGGGUGUGGCAGGUGUGCUGGUGGGACACCCCUUUGACACGGUCAAGGUGCGGCUCCAGGUCCAGAGCACGGAGAAGCCCCAGUACCGAGGGACCUUGCACUGCUUCCAGGCCAUCAUCAAGCAGGAAAGCGUGCUGGGCCUGUACCGCGGCCUGGGCUCGCCCCUCCUGGGGCUCACCUUCAUCAACGCGCUGGUGUUCGGCGUGCAGGGCAACACCCUCCGGGCCCUGGGCCGGGACUCGCCGCUGAACCAGUUUCUGGCGGGCGCGGCGGCGGGCGCCAUCCAGUGCGUCAUCUGCUGCCCCAUGGAGCUGGCCAAGACGCGGCUGCAGCUGCAAGAGGCGGGGCCGGCCCGCACGUACCGCGGCCCCGUGGACUGCCUGGCGCAGGUCUACCGGCGGGAGGGCCUGCGCGGCGUCAACCGGGGCAUGGUGUCCACGCUGCUGCGCGAGACCCCCAGCUUCGGCGUCUACUUCCUCACCUAUGACGUGCUGACGCGCGCGCUGGGCUGCGAGCCGGGCGACCGCCUGCUGGUGCCCAAGCUGCUGCUGGCGGGCGGCACGUCGGGCAUCGCGUCCUGGCUCUCCACCUACCCCUUGGACGUGGUCAAGUCGCGGCUGCAGGCUGACGGGCUGCGGGGCGCCCCACGCUACCGGGGCAUCGUCGACUGCGUGCGCCAGAGCUACCACGCUGAGGGCUGGCGCGUCUUCACGCGCGGGCUGGCCUCCACGCUGCUGCGCGCCUUCCCCGUCAACGCCGCCACCUUCGCCACCGUCACCGUGGUGCUCAGCUACGCGCGCGGCGAGGAGGCCCGGCCCGAGGGCGACGCCGUGCCCGCCGCUCCGGCGGGGCCCGCCUUGGCCCAGCCCUCCAGCCUGUGACGCCCGGGCCCCCGGCACCCGAGGGCCCGAGCUCUCCCAGGGCCGCUUUUCCAAAACGCAGCCUAGACAUAAAUUGGGCCCCCGGCACCGACCACCCUGCACCGGACGCCCAGACCCCGUGGGCUGUGACUCCAUCAGACCUGGGUUGAAUUCCACGCCUCAGCUGGGUGACCCUGGCCACAAAUUUGACAUCCUCGGUUUUCUCCUCUGUGAAAUGGGGAUCCUCAUACCCACGUUGUACAGUCCGGAAGCUCAGAAAUGAUGCCCCUGCGGCGCCCAGCCUGGCACUGUUACUUGGAGUCUUCCAGAAACCCAGCCAACACUCCAGCCCUUUCCUGGGAUCCCAGCCACACCGCCAUGGGGUCUCUGAUGACCCACCCGUGAGCUUGCCAGCGACUCGCUAACGCUGCAAAUCCUCCACCUGGCAGAGCUCUCGGGACACUUCUUCACCUGUCCAGUCUGUGUUAGGGACAGAGAGGCAGCUCAGGGGCUUCUGGUGUCAUAGAACUGAAUCCUCUGCAAGGCUGGGAAUACUCCUACUCCUGACGCUCCCACUGGAGGGUAAUCUGGGGGACCACUAAGAAACCAUGAGACCUUCUGGAAGCUCCGUGUUGGCCUAGGGGCUGGGGUGGGGGAGCGGGCACAGGUCAGUGGGAGGGGCGAUCUCAACAGUUAAAUACAGCCAUGGCAAGGAGAAGUCUUUGCACCCUCUGGGCUUCAGGCUGCCCAUCUGUAAAAUGGGGACGUGGGUCAGCGGAUGUCUGGGGCUCUGGCCCACUACCAACGGCCGGGAACCAACACCAGGGUUCCCCAGGAAAUGGUGUCUUUCCCAGGCAAUCUCAAUGCUUCGUGUCCCUGUGAAUCCUCGCAGGGCCUGUGAGUGGGCACAGGUACCGCCAGCUUGGGCCCCUCCAGGCCGAAGGGCAUCUGAGCCCGCGCUCCCGGGGCUGUCACUAGAAGCAGGGCUGUGGUGUGAGCUCAGGGCAGCUGGGCGCAUCCGGUACAUCAUGGCCGUGAGAAUGGGCGGGGAGGAGGAUUCUUUUGCACAAGCUGGAGGUGACUGUGGCCUCCUUUGCCCCGAGUGGCGCUCAGCCUCUUGGGCAAAGUGAUCAGCUCUCCCAGGAGGCAGGCUGUGCUCAAGGAAGGACAGGACUCCCACCUUGUACAUGUGGCAUCAUUGUUGUACAGAAACCGCCAAGGGAAUAAAGUGUUCUGUGUUUUUUUAA